UUCUUUCUUUCUUUGACUUCGCAGAGAGGAAAAGGAGGAGGAAAGAAAUUCUCUUUAUUUCUGUUUUUUUUCUCUUUCGGAAAGGAUGCAGAGGCGUCACGAUCAACGGUCAAGAUCUGCUAAGCCCAUAACAGUUCAUGGGUUGGUUCAGUCUGGGGAUCUUGUUGGUCUCCAAAAGCUGCUUCAUGACAAGCCUUCUCUUCUCAACGAGAGAAACCCUGUUAUGGCACAGACACCACUGCAUGUUGCUGCUGGAAAUGACAGAGACCAGAUAGUGAAAUUUUUGCUUGACUGGAAAGGGUCAGAGGAAGUUGAAUUGGAAGCCAAGAAUAUGUACGGUGAAACCCCAUUGCAUAUGGCAGCCAAGAACGGAUGUAAUGAAGCUGUACGGUUGCUUCUCGCUCAUGGUGCUUUCAUUGAAGCCAAAGCUAAUAACGGAAUGACAGCAUUACACCUGGCUGUUUGGGACUCGAUUCGAUCUGACAACCAUGCAACUGUCAAGACGCUACUUGAGUACAAUGCUGAUUGUAGUUCUGAGGACGAUGAGGGUAUGACUCCUAUAAAACAUCUCUCCAAAGGCCCUGGAAGUGAGAAAUUACAGGAAUUAUUACUUAGGCAUCUUGAAGAGCAGAGAAAGAGAAGAGCACUAGAAGCAUGCAGUGAGGCCAAGGCUAAGAUGGACGAACUUGAGAAGGAGCUGUUAAAUAUCAUAGGUUUGCAUGAGCUCAAAGUACAACUUCGGAAAUGGGCAAAGGGGAUGCUCUUGGAUGAAAGGCGCAGGGCUCUUGGGUUGAAAGUUGGCAUUAGAAGACCUCCUCAUAUGGCAUUCCUGGGUAAUCCUGGAACAGGUAAAACCAUGGUUGCUCGUGUUCUUGGGAAAUUGCUUCACAUGGUUGGAAUUCUACCUACUGACAAGGUAACAGAAGUUCAAAGGACAGAUUUGGUUGGUGAAUUUGUAGGACACACAGGGCCAAAAACAAGGAGAAAGAUCCAAGAAGCUGAGGGUGGAAUUCUUUUUGUUGAUGAAGCAUAUAGGUUAAUACCAAUGCAAAAAUCAGAUGAUAAAGACUAUGGAUUGGAGGCUUUAGAAGAGAUCAUGUCCGUAAUGGACAGCGGAAAAAUUGUAGUCAUAUUCGCUGGAUAUAGCGAACCAAUGAAGCGUGUAAUUGCUUCUAAUGAAGGAUUCUGCCGAAGGGUGACGAAAUUUUUUUACUUUAGUGAUUUCAACUCUUCAGACCUAGCCAACAUACUCCAUAUCAAGAUGAAUAAUCAAACGGAGCAGAGUUUGUUGUAUGGAUUUAAGUUGCAUAGUUCUUGCAGUUUAGAUGCCAUAGCAAGACUAAUAGAGAGAGAAACAACGGAAAAGCAGCGUAAGGAGAUGAAUGGGGGUUUAGUCGAUCCGAUGCUAGUUAACGCUAGGGAGAACCUUGAUCUCCGGCUCAGUUUCGAUUGUAUGGAUGCCGAUGAACUGCGCACAAUAACCUUGGAAGAUCUAGAAGCAGGCAUUCGGCUUCUCACGCAAUGAUACCGGGUUUCAAUACAUGAAUAUAUAUUUCUUUUAUCGUUCUAUGGUGACCA